GUUCUAUUCGCGUCCGCAAUUAAGACCGGGCAGUUCAACCCUCAAACUCCAAGGACUGAAACUUUGGCAUACGCUGUGCAUGAAUCUAUCCAGGUUGAUUAAAGCUACGAUUAGGUCAAUCUCUUUCUUCUCAUCCUUUACCACAAGCGAUCGCUACUAUUAACCGUGUGGAUGUUAUGGCCCAUGUAUUAUGAAUGGAGCUGCUCACCUGCCAUUCCAUACUGAAGGCAGAACCGUCAUCCUACCUUCCAAGAGACUUUCCAGCCUCGUCAUGACUAUGAGCCGACUUCUGAUACACCUGAAUACUGCUUGUCCGACUUUGGGAUUACAAGAUGGGUUCCAUGGUCAAUUGGAUAGCCCCUCUGGUUGAGAGCUUGAUCUCCUCGUACCUUAACAACAAGGUAGAGGGGUUAGAAAUGGAGGAUGAUGGGAGCAAUCUCCGCUUCCCCAAUGAUUCUCACAAGCACGCACUGGUUGUGGAUGUAAGAUACCCUGUCUUUCGGUGAGGUGCACUUUCUGAUUUCUGCCUCAGUGGAAGGACAUCGGAGAAAGAUCCGCAACUUUGAUGGACUCACACACCCAAAUCAAAGCGGUCCUUACCAGAAUGUCUUUGGAAAAAUACCAAGCGGAAGAGUCCCAUCAUAAGCUGUCCGGAGAUACGACCAGAUGGAGAUGUAUACAGUUAUUGGAUUUUGAGGUUGUCUUCGAAUACUCUGGAGGCCGACCAGAUGUCCACCUUUACGUUAAGAGUUUCAAGAUUGAUAAAAAACGGGAGAAGUCCAAGUCACUUCAGGGUAUAAAGCUGAUAAGGAAGAAUGGACACAUUUACAAGCUUAUGGAGAAGCUGUUCCAUGUGAUUAAUGAAUCGCAGCCGGCGGAAGAUACCGCUGUUAUUUCUGAUGGUGACUGCUCCGACGAUUCUGUCCACUCCCAGAACGAGAAAUCUGCCCCUGUGAUAUCCCAAGAGAUGUUAAUGUCACAAUUGGCUCCUAUCAGUCACACUACGAUCUCUAGCAUAUCCAACGGCAGCCGUGGUCGCCAUUCGUUAUGCAGCACUCAACUUCUGGGAUAUCUGCAUUGCCAUGACAAUUUGUCGACCCGUGCGGUAAUUUCCGAGAAAUCUCCGUCAGUUCUGCGUGAGAGACAGGCAUCUGAUGGCCGUGCCGGCAGCUAUGUUAACAAGAACGAAACUACAGGUGGCAAUCAGGGAAAUGAGUCGACCUCUUCGCACCAAACUCUGGGUUCCGCGGCCACUGACGUUGUCACCAAUGUCCCUAAUACAGCUGCGUUCUUAGCUGCAGAUGCCUGUGACAGCGAAUUUCAUCCCAUUGAUAGUGAGAGACAUGGGCAGCCUAGUUCAGUGGAACAGCUAACUUCAAAUAAUGCAACUGGCGAUCAUGAUGAAGCUGAAGGGCCGCUGGCGGAUCAGCAACAGGGCGGAGACCAUUCAGGUGAUCACAAUUCUCACACUGUGGCUCAUUUACGGCCAUCUGAAGCCUACAAUGUCUCUGUGGAAUCUUCUCAGCAAGAGACAAACAUGCAGUCUGGAGGUUUGCAGCCAGAUAUAAAUGCUGGUACACAAGCCAUGGGAAAGUAUUAUUCUAGUAGUGGCGAUCGUUUAGAUCCUUGGGAAGGCAUGACAAAAAUUCCCAGGAGGGAUAUUAGGAUACCAAAAGAUCAACGGCAUCUGCUGGAGCAUACCAAUUCUCAGUGCUGGAUACCUCCCGAGCUUGGAAAGAAUAUGCCUCGGGGCCAUGUUCCACCUUCAUUGUUAGAGCAAUGGAAUUCGAUUUCGUUACGAAGGGAGCGCAUUAAAAGGGCCAGGAAGGACGACUUGAUGUUAAAUGCUCCCGAACAUCGCGAAAUGUCGAUACAUGAUAUUGCUAGCUCCGCGCCGCAAGCAGACACAGAAUUGAGUGAUGAAGAAUCUGAAGGGUCCGAGGAACAUUUCCCCUGGGGGAGUCCUUCUCCAGUUUGUGAUCCCUCAACGCGGCUUCCGAAGGACAGUAGUCCUAUCCGAGAAUUUCCCAACGUGCGUAAAGCAGACUCACCUCGUGAACAGGCAGAAAAUUGUCUAGAUGGCCAGUUCUCAGAAGUCGCUAGCCAGGUUGUUACUAGGGAAGGCGCAAGAUGCCGCGUAUCAGAGUCACCGCAGAGUUCGGUCCAUAGGGUUGCCUUGGACAGUGACUCUAGAGACAAAGGUCAUAAUCAUAAUUAUCAAGAAUCAGAUAAACAAAUUAACGUUCCGAAGUUAGUUACUAGCGUCGAUGCAAGUAACGAAAGGUUCAGCGGGGGCCUAAUGGUGGACACCAAAGAAGAUCACGAAGAUCAAGGGCCAGAGAGACAAGAUAUUCUUCUAUCGGAGCCACCAACUGCUGCGGCUGCGGAAACGGGGGAGCAUAGCCCCAGAGAUUCAUUUCCUAACGAUACAGAGGACAAUGGCGGAGAGAGUCAGCCAACGGAACAGAAUAUACAUUCAGAACUAUUCAUUGCAGUCGGGACGGAAUCAGAUAACGGUUCAGUUCUGGAUGGUGUGGGAAAUGAAGAAUUAGCCAGAGAACAUGCUUCUUCGAAACCAGCUGCCAGUACUGGUUGGGACGGUGAACUCGAGUCAGAUAAUGAUUCAGUUAUGGAUAUCUCUGUUCCCUGUCCCCUUCGAGCCAGUUCUCAAUUGUUAUCAGAAGCCAGCCAGAUUGAACAGGAAAUAACCAGUUCAGGCCCAUCCCUUCCUGGAUUAAAUACAGAUGAGCAGAUCCAAGUUUCGGUAACCCCUACAGACCUUAAGCGCCUACGCCCUGCAAGAUUUGAAAAAGACAAGCCUGAUUGGGAAGUAUAUGUUGCGCAACAGCCAUCGUCCCAGGCGGCAAAAUCCUCGUCGCAGUCGCGGAUUUUGAACACCUAUCGCAGCCAUGAGGACCACGAACAAGACGAACCGUCCCAGAAGAUGGUGCAUUCCUCUGCAGAACACGAGUUGUACCGGGUUGACGUCAUGGGAACCCAGACAGAUAGCCAAGGCACAACGUCUCGCUCGCAGCCUCCCGUCCAGGAUUCAUCAGGACCAGACGACCAUCAGCAAACCACGCGCGUAGGGACUGUUGAGAUUCAAGGAAACGAAGGGUCCGGGAUGUUCUCCUCGUCUGGUGGACUAGCCCAGUCCCAGUUCGAUGGAGAGGGCCAUCGUACUCCAGGGCAAUUUUCUCCCGUCAAGAGUGUGCGGGACAACUCCCCAAUUAUUAAUUUAAAGCGCUCUCGGUCUUCAUCUGGCAUUGAGACCAAUGAAGAGCCACCUUCAAAGCGGUACCGAUUUUAUCGGGAUGAAAGCGAUGAUAAAUUCGUGGGUGAAUUUAAAGGUCCAGCCUCUAACAUCGUGUCUCGCCGAGAGAGCUACAUGGGAAGUUCUUCCAAAGAAGAAACAGCGCGCAGAUUAUACGAAAAGUUUCGAAGUGACUACGCCGGGUACUGGGGUGAUUUCAGCCAUUUCGUUGAACUAUGCGCACGAUUACAAGCUCUACGUGGGAAAGGAGAGCUACGACGGUCCUUUCUAUGGGAUGAUUUUGUCAUAAUGCAUUUGCAAGAAUACCCGCAAUAUGUCGAACAAUGUCACUCAACUGGCACAGAGGCGCUGAAAUAUGAGGACUUCUUUAUAUCUAAAUUCUUCAAGCCGGUACACAAAAAGAGAAGCUUGACGGUGGCCGCAAUCGAGAUUGCUGCAGCGCAAUACCGCUCUGCAAGCAGAUCAAGUGUACCUGCCAGUCCAUCUCUCUCCCGAAGAUCAAUACCUCUCAGUGAAGUCAAUGUCUCGACCACAGCUAGUCUUGUGGACCGGCUUACGAAUUUCCACACGUUCUCAUCUGUGAGGGACGCUCCGAGUAACAGUCCUGGCAUUAGAACCGACGCCAGCAGCGCAUCUGUUUUUGUGUCACCUCCCGCUCGGGCUGCUCCUAAAGAGCCGGACCGCGAUGCAACUCCCCGUCAACGAGAUCUAUUUGUCGAGACUAUAAAGUCAUCGGAACCGGAAGUGGAUAUGACACCUCAACCUGAGCCGUCGUUCCUUCUUCCUGAAGUCAUCGCCGGGCCCAGCCGUGAAGGAACCGCUGCAGAUGGCAAUGAUGAUGAAGAUGACGAAGAAAUAGAAGUCGAAGCUCAUGAGACAGCCAGCAUUGAGCUAGGCGAUGAGCCACGUCCCUCGUCGCGUACCAGUUCCGACGCUUACAUUUCGGCCGUUGAAUUCGAUCCCAAAUCUGAGCAUGAACCACAGCCCAACAAGGGCAAGGAGCCUGAGGACGAUUGGUUCGCAUCAAUGGCCCAUCUUCAUCCAACGGGCCCUGUAUGGUCUGAUUCACCCUCGACGCCUUUCAAGGCCUGGGCUCGAGCCGAUCAAAAUGUUAUUGUUGAACGAAAGCAUCGUCGUGGGCUACCCGUCCCCGUUGAUGAGAAGGGGGUGAUCAUACCUACUUAUUUCACUUGAUAUGAGACUAGCAUAAGCGGCGCAAUGCUGAUCUCUUUUUUUUUCCCUUCCUCUGUUUCUUUCUCUUCCCCACUUUAUCUUUUGUGAUAUCCGGUCUUGCAUUUGGUUCGGUUCGGUCUAGGCCUAGGAGUUUUAUCUAUCGUUGCUAGGACAAGAGAACAGCAAGAUGCAUGCAACGUAUUUUCAAAUGAUUCGUUUAUAUGGACGGGGCUGGUUUAUCUGAUAGCACUUUUUCCGAUAAUUUUUUAUCAAAAAUACCAUGAAGGAUAUAGUGUCC